UUUUUUGUCUCCUUCCCAGCAGCAGUUGUUACUUGCUUGAGGCAUUGCAGGUGGGUGCAAAAUAACCUUUUUAUCACUUUCUAGACAGUUUUUAAAAAUUUUUAUUGUACAUAGGUGUCAGUGUAUCCUUUAAAGCAUGAAUGUGAUUUUCUACCAGUGAGAGAGAUCUCCCUAAAGGAAACCAAGGCACUGUUGCUUAUACCUUUAGACCUUGGAGAUUUUACUUAGUUGACUAUAAAGUUAGGGUCAUAUUAAAAAAAUAGUUCAGAAUUUUGAAUAACAGACUUAUUAAUGCUGGGAUUUCUUAACAGUGAAACACUGCUUUGUGUGUUUGGCUGUUUGAGAAGGAAGUUGGCAUGUCAGCAGAGACAAAUGUGCUGCCCUUAAUUAGAUGGAGCUGGACACAUCACCAGAGGCCUCAGUUUUGAUUUAAAUACUGGCUACAGUGGGGGCAGCUCUGUAUAGGAAGUGGAUUUGGCUUGACCUGUAUUGUGCUGCUGCUGGGCUGGCAAACAGGGAGAUGAAGGGGCAGUGUGAUUUAUUGUCCACACUAGAAGAGACCUGGAAAACAGUGUAUUUUCAGCAUUCCUAUUGUAGCUUAUGCAGUAAGCUAAGUAUCAACAGGUAAACCCAAGGAACAAGAAAAAAAAAAUCCUUGGACUUUGAUUAAGGCUGCUGAUUACAUGGGUAUCUCAGGAAAAAAAAAAAAAAUAAAGGAGGAAAAAACAGCAAAGGGGGCACUGAAACUGGGAAGCCUGGUAUCCAGCUUUUAUGGGUGAUGUACAAUAACUGGUUUUCUGGCAGUGAGGCAGCAAGUUACACACGUUGUGAAGGGUGUAAUUAUGAGUUGAGCCUUUUUCCCAAAGCUCCUCUUUCCUGAUUUAUAUCUGCCCUUAUUGUUAUCUGUUAUAUUCACAUGGUUGGGCUUUUUUCUUUUGUUAUUUUGUUUUCCUUCCUUGUUUUCAAAGAAUAGCUUAUCGGUGUGCCCCAGCAGGGUGGGACUCACAGAGAUCACAGGCUUUCUACAAUGAGCCAAAGCCAGCCUGCUGACUACAAGGAAAUUUGCUGAGGGUGUCAGCCACGAGUGCCACAUGGGCUUUGCAAAAGGCACUGAUUGCACUGGUGGGACUCGGCUGGAGUCCGGAGCGGCCACUUCCACUGCCAGGAGAGCGGUGAGCAUCUCCUCAGCCUGGAAAAUCGCUGCUUGUGUUCCAGUGCUGUGCAUCUCCGCGGGGCUGUGUCGUGGCCGGCAGGAGCAGCGGAUGCAGUGCUGCUCCUGCACACUUGGCCCGCAGGUAGGCAGUGACCAGAGCUCCAGAGCCGGGAGGGAGCUGGAGCCGAGCUCCGCUGGGAUGUGAGCUGGGACAGCUCUCGGCACCUGCACCUCUGCACCUUCGCUCUGCUUCAGCUGCUUGCUGCAAAGCCUGUAGGAGCCCCAACUCGUUCUGUUCAAGGCUGAGAGUACACCCGUGCGCUCCCGAGGCAAAGAGUAAAAGGAAGGCACCAAUUCGUCUGUUUUAAUCUUUUGCCUGGAGUCUUUGCAAUGGAUGAUGGAGCAGAGUCUCUGAUGACUGUGCAUCUGCUCACCCGUUUGGGGCACUCAUUUCCUCUGCAGCAGACUCUGGAUCGGCUUUUGGACUGGCUGUGCCUGGACAUUCGCCUUUUCUUGGUGUCUGAGCGAAUUCCUCCCCUGAGGUACUACGAGAGAUACCGCAAGAAGAGCUGCAGCUUUCCUGGAAUAUCCGUCCUGCUUUUUCUGCGCGAGGACUUGGGAGAAGAACGGAUUUUCCAGGUCCACGAGCAAUUCCAGCGCCCUCCCUGGCGGUACCAGCGUGCCCGGUUUGCUAACGGGCAGAGCCCCCCCUGUGCCCCAUCCCACCAGGACUUCUACGGCCUGGAUGAGCAGCUGCCCGUGUGGGGCAUCCGCCGGGUGCACUGCGGCCCCGAAAUCCUGCGGGUCACCCUCUACUGCAGCUUUGAGAACUACGAGGAUGCCGUGAGGCUCUACGAGAUGAUCCUCCAGAAGGAAGCCACCCUGCAGAAAAGCACUCUGUGUGUCUUCGUGCUGCACGCCACCCCACUCGUGGCCGUGCAGCUGUGCCUGGAGCAGCUGCCCAUGGGGGUGACGGCCGAGCCCCCCGACUCAGCCCUGCAGUUCAAGGUGCAGGAAAUCGGGCAGCUGGUGCCCCUCCUGCCCAACCCCUGCGUUCCCAUCAGCAGCACCAGGUGGCAAACUCAGGACUAUGAAGGAAAUACAAUUCUGCUCAAGGUUCAAAGCAGCUCCAGGACCCUUGAAAGAAACACCGGGCUUUGCCAGCAGCAUACCAAGGCGGGCAGUGGAAGAACCCCGCAGGACUGUAUGCCAGCCCCGCGGCCUGUAACACAGGGCAAUCCCGGGCGGGGAAGGCGGGAUGUCGGAGCUCGGGAGGGUAACGCGCAGUGUGAGCCCGGUGAAGCGCUUGUCCCUGCGCGGGGCAGCAGUGACCUCCAGAGGCUCCUGCGCUGCCCUCCCGGUGCCGCGGCCGCCCGGCCGUGCCGGGAGGCGCCGUCGCUCCGCCGGCGGGCGGGCGGGGGGCUGCGGGCUCCUCUGCCGGAGAGCCGCGGGUCCCGCACCGCCGAGACCGGCACGGACACCGGGCCCGCCGCGGGGAGCGCGGGGUGCGGCCGCUGCCCGCCGGGCCGGGGCCCCGGGGCCCCGCGGAGCCGCCUCCUGCCGCGGGCCGCCCCCGCCCCGGGGACAGCGGGGCCCGAGCUGCGGGAGUUCUUCAUAUGACUGAAACCCAACGCGCCUGAUGGACUCCCCUUGCCCAAGGACAGCGGAGCGCUUUCCGAUGUGCCGGGGCUGCUGCUGCUGCUGCUCAGCGCGUACCUCUGUCGCUGUGACAUCCCGCCAGGCGUCACUGAGGCAGACACUGAAUUUCCAUGGAGAGAUGCUAAGGAGGCUGCAGGAAAAAGAACACUAUUUACAGAAAACUGUUGUGUUGGUUUGUUUGUUUUUAACGCAGAAUAGGUGAAGGGUAUGUUGUGCAAUGAAUAGGAAUAAGCCGAGUGACGCCUACAGCUGUUCUAAGAAGCUAAAAAAUAGACAGUGACAUCUUCAGAUGGGUUUUGAAGGUGCAGCUUGGCUGAGCUGCCCAAGCAGCUGGAUGCCCCCAGCCGUGGGGACUCACCAUCCCUUACUCACCAUCACUUACUGCAACAAGCUCCUGGCAUGGUCACAGUGGGCCUGCUGGUUUUCCUUUGUGUUCCUUCUUGCUUUCCUUGUUGGUAAUUAAAUCUAUCAAUGUUGUCAAUUUUAUGCAAUAUUUGAAACAUAAGAAUAUUCUGUUAAAUAUUUCUCAGGAGAAAUAUUUCUAGCAAGAUCUUUUUCUCAACUCAGCACAGCACAUGCAAAAACCACAUACUUGAAGAGAAGUGCCAGUAAAACCUGCCGCUGCCUAUUCAUGUGACACUUAAAAUAAACAGCAACAGGCCAGGCUUUGUU